GUGAAAUAAGUUUAAUUAAUAUAUUUAAAAUAGCAUAUCGCAAUCAAAUGUCAGUGAUUUGAAUUUCUAAUUUCAGUAAAUGUUUAGCCGUAAAUGUAUUGUUGAAACUUCAUCGACAUUUACAUUAUUAAAAUGUUAUUAUCAUUAUUCAGUAAUUUAAAAAAAUAGAUAUUGUAAAUGGAUACAUCGUAAACAGUAAAAUAAAAACUCGGUUUUAAUUUAACUAUUAAACCUUUGCAUUUUAUAGUAACUGUAAGUAUCUAUGUACUUAUAUGUAACCAAAAAAUACAUAUAGGCAUACUGUUAAAUACUUUUGUUUGUCACUUUGUUUUGACUAAUCGCUAAUGUAUGGUCGUUAAUACGUAUUUCUAUAAUAGAAACAACGCAGAUCAAUACAUUUCGGUAGGACAUUUUUUGAAACAUGAAUCAUGACUGCUACAAAUACGUUUUUAUUAUUUUGUUAAGAUAUGUUAAAAACAUAUAUGCGUUAUUUUAACCUUGAUAAAAAUAUCACACUAUUACUAAAAACUGUGAACAAUAUUGUUUUCACAUAUUAAUAUUAUAUUAAUAACCCUAGGACAAACAUUACGUAAACAUUCAUGAAGUUUUUUGAGUAGUAUAUAAGCACAGGACACUAGUGUUUUUUAAUCAUCCACCAACUUUAGUGUUUGAACUAGUUUAUUAUAUUUCAUUUUACGCACCUUUUGAACGUACAACGGCAACCACUAUGAACCGUAUUCAGAUCUGUUUAUUUGUGGCGUUGAUCGCGAGCAGCUCGCUGCUGAUUUCGGCCGACCCGGGUUCGAACUACGGAUACGGCCAGACCGAGUACACGAACGGCCAUCCUUCGUCCUCGUCUUCGUUCAAAUCGAAUACGGGCUCCGGUCAACCGAUCGCUGGCCGUCCCAACACCGGUCAGACGCCGCCGUACGCCCCGCAGAACGCCAGACCCGCGUACGACAGGAAUCAGAACGGCAUGCAGGCAGACUACGUUCCCGCGGGCAGUGGCUCGUCGUCGUACCAGUACCGCAACCAGCAAGACAAACGGUCCAUAGCACCGCAAUACUAUUCGGCUGCAGCGGAUCCUCAACACUGUUCGGACGACGUGGACGACGCGACCGCCGCCCCCCUACUGCAAGCGCCGAAAAACAUUUGGGCCCCGGCCGCAGCGCCGCCGCAAUACUAUUCGGCUCCAGCACCCCCGGAGCCACUCCAGUACAACAGUUUUUAUAUUUUGCGCGCCGCACCCGCAACGCCUCAGUACUAUCCAGCCCGCCCGGUCCUAGCAGCGCCUCGAUACUCAUCAUCAGCGGCCAUACCUCAAUACCAUUCGGUGCAGACCGAGGCCGCCGACGAACCGUGUAAUUAAUAGAACGGAAUCGAUUGACAACAUUUUGUACUUUUACGUUUAUUUAGUGUUUUCCAUAAUACUAUAAUAUAUAUAAUUUUAUAUAAAAAUCAAAAUGUUUUAAAAAUAUACGCUUCACACGAAA